UUGACCUUCCCGCAAGAAACAGCCAAAAUGUCGUCCUACAACAUCCCCCUAAUCUCCAUCCCCCUCUACUACAUCCUCGCCCUCAUCCCCCACGGCAUCGCCAUCUCCCGCGCCAACGCCGGCAACAUCAACACGCACCACAACGAAAACCCCCAAGGCGCCGCCUACGCCGAGUACCUCAAAAAGAAGCUCCCCCCCCGCGAACUCGCGGCUUUCGAGCGCGCCAAAGCCUGCCACAAAAAUCACAUGGAAAAUAUGCCGUUGUUCGUCGCGGCCGUGUUUGCGGGAUUGUUCGCCAAUGCGAGGUUGGGUGAGGAUCAGGUUGGACUGAAUCGGUUUGUGGUCGGGUGGAUGGUUAGUCGGGUGUUGUAUACCGUCGCGUAUAUCAAGACGGAGACGAGGGCUUGGGCGCGAUUGAGGAGUAUUCUUUACUUCUUCUGCACGGGAAUUGCGUUUGCGGUUCUGAUCCGCUCGGCUCGCGUGUUGGGAAACCCAGCCGCUUAGGACCACAAAAAAAGAGAAGGCCAUAAUCUCCGCGGAGGACACUCAAACCUGUCAAAAUAGUCAGCUCCAUCAGCGCAGACAUACGAAAUUCUGAAGAGACUUAUAAAAAAGUGAAAAAGGCCGUCCUCUCCCCUUCACAGGAUCGAGAGACGGCUCAGCGCAUCG